AUGGCACUUCGCGGACAGACAGCGCCUUUUGGCCCCUACGGCGGCCUGCUGCUGAGCUUUUGGAGGAGGGAGCGUACCGAGGAGACGCCCGAGCGCCUGGAGGCGCUGGGAGCGGGCUCGGGCGCUGCCGACGUGGAGUACGAGCAGUUUGUGAAGGCUAAGGAGAUCCAGAGGGCCAUGUUCCAGGCGGAGAACAAGACCAUUGUGCACCAGUGCGCGGACACCGAUAUCAUCGAGGCAGCGCAAGGUUCGGUGGCUUGCAUUGAUGGGAACCAGGCAGCAGCUCACGUGGCCUACGCCCUCAGUGACUGCGCCUUCAUUUACCCCAUCACGCCCAGCUCGCCCAUGGGUGAAAUGGUGGACGAGUGGGCUGCCCAGGGCCUCAUCAACUGCUACGGCCAGAAGCUGAGUGUCACGGAGAUGCAGAGCGAGGCUGGUGCGGCGGGAGCGCUGCAUGGCUCCUUGAAGGCGGGCGCCUUGGGCACGACCUUCACUGCCAGCCAGGGGCUGCUGCUGAUGAUCCCCAACAUGUACAAGAUCGCUGGGGAGCUGCUGCCCUGCGUGAUGCACGUGGCGGCGCGGGCCCUGGCCGGGCAGGCGCUGUCCAUCUUUGGGGAUCACUCAGACGUGAUGGCCUGCCGUGCCACGGGCUGGGCGAUGCUGGCCUCAGAGUCCGUGGAGAUGGCGCAGGUGAACGCGCUGGUAUCGCACCUGGUGACCAUGGAGAGGCGUGUGCCGGUGCAGCACUUCUUUGACGGCUUCCGCACCAGCCACGAGGUGAACAAGGUGAAGCUCAUCGACUACAACACCAUGAAGAGUUUCAUCAACUGGGAUGCCAUCAAGGAGCAUCACGAUUUGGCCAUGAACCCAAGGCAUCCCCAUGUGCAGGGCACCUCGCAGGGCCCCGACAUCUUCUUCCAGUGCGUGGAGGCAGGGAACAGCUUCUACGACGGGCUGGCGGAUCUGUUCGAGGAGAAGGGCAAGCUGAUCCAGCAGAAGACGGGUCUGCACUUCGCCUUGUACGGCUAUGAGGGCCACCCGGAGGCGGAGCGCGUGGUCGUGGUCAUGGGCAGUGCAGCGGUGACCUGCGGGGAGACGGCGGACUACCUCUCCAAGAAAGGCGAGAAGGUGGGCGUGCUGAAGGUGAGGCUCUUCCGUCCCUGGGACUGCAGCCGAUUCCUGGCCGCGCUCCCCACCACCACGAAGCGCAUUUGUGUGCUGGACCGGACCAAGGAGCCUGGCUCCCAGGGUGAGCCCCUGCUGUUGGAGGUGGCCGCCACCCUCCAUGCCAGCGCUCACUCUGAGGUUGUUGUCAUCGGCGGCCGUUACGGCCUGGGCUCCAAAGAGUUCACGCCCAACAUGGUGCUCUCCGUCUUCGAGAACUUGGGAGCGGAGACACCCAAGCCCCGCUUUACCGUGGGCAUCAAUGAUGAUGUCACGCAUCUGUCUUUGCCUGUAGGUCCCUGGCUCAAUGUUUUGCCUGAGGGCACCACUGAGUGCAUGUUCUACGGAUUGGGCAGCGACGGAACCGUGGGCGCCAACAAGAGCGCGGUGAAGAUGAUCGCGCUCGGGACAGAGCUGCAUGCCCAAGCCUACUUUGAGUACGAUGCCAAGAAGAGUGGCGGAGUCACCAUCAGCCACUUGCGCUUCGGCCCCAAGCCGAUCCACGCUCCAUACAAUGUGCGAGCCGCAGAUUAUUUGGCCAUCCACAAGCAGAGCUACGUGCAGCAGUACGACAUGACGAGGUAUCUGAAGCAGAAUGCGGUGUGCGUGAUCAAUUGCUCGUGGGGCAAAGACGAGCUGGAGAAACAGCUGCCGGCGAAAAUGCGCAAGGACUUGGCCAGCAAGGGAGCCAAGCUCUUCAUCAUCGAUGCAACCAAGAUCGCUGUGAAGGCGGGCUUGGGCAAACGUAUCAACAUGAUCAUGCAGACGGUCUUCUUCAAGCUGAGCGCCGUGAUGCCCUACGAAGAGGCAGUGGAGAUGCUCAAGAAGAGCAUCAAGAAAAUGUACGGCAAGAAGGGCGAUGCGGUGGUGAAGAUGAACAUCGACGGCGUGGAUGCCUCCAUUGAGGGCAUCAUCCCCUGUGAGAUCCCGGCAUCUUGGGCACAGGUGGAGGUGGAGGGCGAUACCGGCGCUGCCCAACGCAAGAUGGGUCCCUACGCCAAGGGUCCUCGGAUGUUCCCUGAGCUGCAGGAUGCCGAACAGUUCGCCAAGCAGGUGCAGGCCCCUUGCAACAGCCUGGACGGCAGUGCCCUGCCGGUGAGCGCCUUUGUGCCAGGCGGCCGUGUUCCGCUGGGCACCAGCCAGUACGAGAAGCGCGGUAUCGCCAUCAAGGUGCCACAGGUGGACAUGGACAAGUGCACGCAGUGCAACAAGUGCAGCCUCAUUUGCCCCCACGCGGCGGUGCGGCCCUUCCUGAUGACCUCCCAGGAGCUGCAGACUGCGCCUGCCACCUUCAAAUCAGGCAGCCGCGCUGCCAUUGGUGGUGGUGUGCUGGACAGCCUCCAGUACCGCAUCCAGGUGUCACCGUGGGACUGCACCGGCUGCGAGCUUUGCGUGCGCAUUUGCCCGGCAGAUGCGCUCACGCUGGCACCUGCCGAGAAGGUCAUCCAGGAAGAAGAGGAGAACUGGGACUUUGCGGUGAAGCUGCCGGACCGUGGGGAGGAGAUCGACAAGACCACGGUGAAGGGCUCGCAGUUCCAGAAGCCGUUUUUGGAAUUCUCGGGGGCCUGCGAGGGCUGCGGUGAGACGCCCCAUGUGAAGCUCAUGACGCAGCUCUUCGGUGAGCGUCUGGUCAUCGCCAACGCCACAGGCUGCUCCUCCAUUUGGGGCGGCUCCAACCCCUCCUUCCCCUACACGGUGAACUCCAAGGGUGAAGGCCCCGCCUGGGCCAACUCCCUCUUCGAGGACAAUGCCGAGUUCGGCUUUGGCAUGCGCAAGGCCUUCAAGCAGCGCCGGGACUACCUGGCACUGCAGGUGGAGGAGGCUCUCAAUGACCAGGCAGUGAAGAUGUCGGAGCAGCUGCGCUCAACGCUGCAGCAGUAUCUGGUGAUGCGCAAGGAGCAGAUGCACGACCUGCUGCUGCCCAGGGGCCGCAGCAUCUACCACCAAAUCAUGGAGAAGCUGACGCCAAUGCUGGAGAAGGAGAAGGAUACGCAUCCCAAGAUCAAGGCGCUCUACGACUUGGAGGACAUGUUCGGGCGCAGCAGCUUCUGGAUGGUGGGCGGCGACGGCUGGGCCUACGACAUUGGCUAUGGCGGCCUGGAUCAUGUCAUCGCAAGUGAGGAGCACGUGAACAUCUUUGUGCUGGACACGGAGAUGUACAGCAACACCGGAGGCCAAGCCUCCAAGGCCACACCCAAAGGAGCUAUGGCCAAGUUUGCUGAGAGCGGUAAGAUGACGCAGAAGAAGGAUCUUGGGCAGCUGGCGAUGACUUACAAGAAUGUCUACGUCGCCAGCAUCUGCGUGCACGUGAACCCCCAGCAAGCGGUCCGUGCGCUCAUUGAGGCGGACGCAUACCCGGGGCCCAGUUUGGUGCUGGCCUACGCACCCUGCAUCAGCCAAGGCUUCCCCAUGGCGGAGUCCAUCCAGCACUGCCAGAUGGCCGUGGACAGCGGCUACUGGCCGCUGUACCGUUACAACCCCGAGCUGGCGACGCAAGGCAACAACCCCUUCCAGCUGGACAGCCGCAAGAUCAAGGGCGAUCUCUUCAAGUUCCUGGCCAAAGAGAAUCGCUUUGCGGCGGUCAUGCGCAGGGACCCGAGGCAUGCUGAAGAGCUGGACAAGAGGCUGCAGGACAACGUGGUCCAGAAGAAUCACCUGCUGCAGGUGCUGAACAAGGAGGACUUGGAGGGCCAGUUCCACAAGUUGGUGGAGGGCCUGUCGGAUGCCAAGAGCUCAGGGGAUUCCAUCACGGUGCUCUUCGGCAGCGAGACGGGCAAUGCAGAGGAGCAGGCGAAGAACUUGGUGCAGGACCUGGCGGCCCGCGGGCUGAAGGCCACCGCCAGCUCUCUGGACGACUUCGAGUUCGAGGAGCUGCCCAACCAGAAGAUGCUGAUUCUGGUGGUGUCGACCUGCGGUCUGGGCGAAUACCCCGCCAACUCCAAGCAGACCUGGCUGAAGCUGCAGUCGCCAGAGCUGCCGAUGACCUGGCUGAACGGCGUGAAGUUCUGCGUCUUCGGCCUCGGGGACUCCACCUACAGCCAGUUCUGCGUGGCCGCCGUGGGCUUCGACACUCGCCUCGGCGAGCUGGGAGCCCAGCGCAUCCUGAAGCGGGGCGUCGGCGACGACCGCGACGAGGACCGCUACUACACUGGCUGGGAGGCCUGGCAGCCGGAGCUGUGGAAGGUCUUGGGCGCGCCGCCUCUGCCCUUGUCCUCGGAGCCUCCCGCGCCCUGCUACCGCGUGGACGUCUCCCCCGGUGCGCUGGAGAAGCCGCCAGUGAAGGACGACGACAUUGUGCCGCCAGGGGCCACCAAGUUGGAGCUGCUCACCAACCGCGUGCUCACGGGCGACGCCAAGUACGACCGCGACAUCCGGCACUACGAGUUCAAGAUCGAGGGCACCUCCGUGUCUUACAAGACCGGGGAGAGCCUGGCCAUUUGGCCCCGCAAUCCCGUGCCCAAGGUGCUGGAGUUCUGCCAGAUGAUGGGCUUCGACGCAGGCCAGCAUUUGCGCGUGCUUCCCAUGGAAGGUGCAAGGAACUGGUGCCCACAGGAGCUGAGCGUGCGCCAGCUCUUCUCUCAUGUGCUGGACGUCUUUGGAAAGCCCAACCGCAAGUUCUUCGAGACCCUGUGCUACUUUGCCAAGGAUGAAGGAGAGAAGAAGCAGCUGCAGAGCAUUGUGGAGAACAGCAAGGACGGUGCAGCACUGUACCGCGACUUGACCCACGACUUUGCGCAUCACGCGGACGUGUUCAAAAAGUUCGCAAGCGUACGGCCGCCCAUUGAGCAGCUGCUUCAGAUGAUCCCAGUGCUGAAGCCGCGGGCCUACUCCAUCGCCAGCUCGCCCAUGAUGCACCCAGACAAGAUCCAGCUGUGUGUGGUGCUGGUUGACUGGACGGUGGAGAGCACCAAGGAGCUGCGCCUAGGCGAGGCCACCGGGUAUAUGAUUGAGCAGAAGCCGGGCACGCAGAUCAUGUGCGCGGUGCGCUCGAGCGCCAUCGUAUUGCCCGAGGAGCCUACGAGGCCGAUCCUCAUGGCAGGCAUGGGCACAGGUUUGGCGCCCUGGCGUGCAGUGACUCAGGAGCGCAUCAUGCAACACCGGCAGGGCCUGAAGGUGGGCCCUUGCAUGCUCUUCUUCGGUGCCCGCUACGCCGUGGAGUACCUGUACCGGGAGGAGUUUGAGAGCUACGUGAAGGAGGGCGUGCUGAGCAUGCACACCGCCUUCUCUCGGGAGCAGGCACGCAAGAUUUAUGUGCAGCACCGGAUCCUGGAGGCGGGUGAGCGCGUGGCGCAGUUCAUGCUGCACGAGAACGGCCACUUCUACGUGUGCGGCUCAGCGCGGCAGGUGCCUGAAGACAUCUACACGGCCAUGAAGGAGGUCAUCAUGGUCGCCGAGCAGUGCGCAGAGGAGGAGGCGGAGGCCAUCCUGUCCAACUUAAAGAUGGAAGGUAGAUAUACGGUUGAAGCCUGGUCCUGA